GUGUGUGUGUGUGUGUGUGUGUGUGUGGACGUGUGCUACGUGCACCUGUCUUAUAGUAUUGUACCCAUUCGUUCCACAUUGGUAUACGGUACCGGUAGGCGUUACGAUAUCCCGGCGCAGCUUCAGCCAGAAAUGCUGUAUCACUACCAGUUCUGAGGGCGAAUCUAUAACAAUCUCUCGUCUUAUUUCCAAUAUCCACCGCAUAUUUUUUGAUAAAUCGAUCCGUUGCUGGGAGGAGGACGAGAUAAAGAAGGCAAGAUGGGUACGUUUAUUGGUCAUGCAUUACCGGGAGCGUUUUUCAUCCUCAUGUCCAUCUGGUGGAUGAUGCAGUACGUGUACACGAAGAUCGUCCUGGAUAACGGACGCCAGCGGCCGCGGUCUCGCCUGAUGUACUGUCUACACCGCGUACCCAUGGAAGGGGCGUUUAUAGUGUUUGGUGGGGCUGUCGGUUUCAUUGGUGAGAUGAUGUACCCAGCCCCAAAAUGGACUAUCAUCGACAGCGAGGGACAUUGGAAGCAUCAAGUAGAAUGGCAACACGUCACCAUGUACACAUAUUUUGGGCUUUACGGCGCCGUCAAAGUUAUGGGGAGUAGCUGUUUGCCGUCUGUUGCCGGGAAAUACGAGAAAGCGUUUGGUGCUCUGGCGUUUGCCGUUGAGGGUUUCCUGUUUUAUUUCCACACGCACGGCAGGAGCGAUCUAGAUAUUCAGCUCCAUACGAUGCUCGUGAUGGCCAUCUUUGUGUGCUUUUUGGCGACAGCUGGAGAGGUGUGGCGGUCGGGGGAUACAUUGGUGCUGCUCGUCAGGAUCCUGUUCACGCUGGUGCAGGGUACGUGGUUCUGGCACAUUGGGAUCGUUCUCUUUAUACCACCCGGAGGAGUGCCCUGGGAUAAAGAAGAUCAUCUCAAUGUCAUGUUCACUACGGUCAUGUUCACGUGGCACAUUCUCGUCGACAUGCUCGUGCUCUUCUUCGUCUACGGUGUCACGAAGCUGGUCCUCAAAAUCUGCGGCUUCUCGUCGGUCCGCUACUCACAGAUGAGCAACGGUCCCGAGGAACACGAGGUCAAACUCCUAGGCAACAGCGCAGAGGCAGGAAACCAUCUACUAGGAGGUAGUGAAUCGGACUAAAAAUAUUCCACAAAACUAGCCCUGCCUUAGAAGAACAUCAAAAGCAAGGGAAGUAGGAAUUAAAAGUAGAAAUUUUGUUAUAUUUGUAUGCCAACCAAUUUGGUCAAAUCUCUAUGUGCAUAUGUGCUCAGUACUUUCAACAUGGAGUCAUGUUUUGUUUGCAAAUUCAUGGUACUCAUUACUUUGUCAUAAGAGCCAAAAGGGCGCUAAUGUGCAUCCUUUUACGAGCGUCUUUCUGGCUCUCAAGUUUGUAGUACUUUUGAUCUGGUUCAUGUGCAAAUUUUUCUCUUUAGAACGAGUGAUUACUGAGUCUAAGGCUCUUGCAAUAUUAUGAUUAUAAGAUUGAGAAAGAAAUAGGAUAUCAAUUAUUAUAUGAUUUAAUUGAUUUUAUUAAUGAUUCUAGAUUUACAUUGGUCAGAUUUAGUUCACUUGAUAAGUGACAAAAAUUGUGAAGGCUGCAUUUGCAUUAGCUGCUCAAGAGAAAAUGUUGCCUAUUUAUUUUGUACAAACGUUGUAAAAAUUAUGAAAUGUAAUCUUUGAUCCUUUGAGGCAGAUGGAAAGGGUAGAUAUUAGAAGAUAUUAGAUAUAUUAGAAAAAUCUGAUUCCAUUUUUGUGUCACAUUAUCAUUUCAUCUGUUUGGAGCCAGUCUUGAUAGAGGGCCAACGCCCUUCUGGCUCUGAACAGACGAUCUAUCAGGUGACUAGUCAGGUGACGAGUCAGGUGACGAUACCAAUUGUAAAUCUUUCUUGUGUCAAUUUACUAAAACGUAUUCAACUCCAGUACUUUUGAAACACUUGAUUUUGAGCCAUGUAGCAUUAUUUAUACUUUGGAUGGGUUUCAGAUAGAAACCUGGAUAUUUUUUUAAGCAUUAAAUUACUUAUGAAGCUACACAUGAUGCUUAAAAUUGAUAUUUUAAAAGCAUAGCAGAUACUUGUAUAAUGCAUUAUUUGUCCUGCUUUUUUGUCAAUGGAUAACAGCUUUGAUAGCAAGAAAAGUGAAUUGAUCAUGCUUUAAAGGAAUAACAACAAAUGGAUUGGGCCAUACACCACAAUUAACGUCCCAUAAACUGAAAUCAGAUUCUGUUUUCAGAGGAGCUAAGCAAAACUGUUGUACAGAUUGUACGAGCUGUGAACUCGUCCAACUCAUGCAUGUAUUGAGUACACGCUUGUCAGAAUGAUCAAAAUGGCUACAGUCAUGUGUAGGUACAUGUACAUGUAGUCAUGUACAUACAUCGUCCAUACCGGUAUACCCUUUUACAUUCAAUAUCAUUAUUUUCUUUUCUUGAAUGUAUAAUGUACACAUGUAUGUAUAAUAAAUUAUACAUGCAAAUGAUGCAAUAUAAAAAUAUCAAGAACUACUGUACAUGUAUUCAUUCCAUGUACAUUUCAUGCAAGAAAUUUGAAAUUUGAUAAUAGUUUUGAUAAAGUCUACAGUUUUAUGAAGAUGAAGCAUUACAUAUGUUUAUCCAUCAGAUAUAUUCAACUCAAGUGUGUAUUCAAACCAUUAUAAUCCCACAUACUUAAGGAGUAUAUAUAAUUUAACAUUCAACUCAUGCCUGCAUUAAAUGCAUACUCUACUUAUCCAUUUGUCUAAGACAAUGUACAUGUCGGCCCUUUCUUGAUUUAAAGGCAUACGUGUUUGUUGAUGUACCAGUAAGAAUAAUGAGGAAAAUGGGAAAAAAUAAACGUGGCGCCUUUUCCACUUGAUAAAUUGAUACUUUGAUAUGUUAUCCGAUAGGUCAGUAUUGACCCAUACAGUAUUGAAGUUAAAAGAAAUGUACUGGCACUUUUGUGUACGAGGUAUUAAAACAAUUAUUGUAUUUUGCAUUGCUUCUCGUCCAUGUAACUUGUUCAAGGCAUACUCAUUUGAUGAUUCAGCUCCAACUCCAAUCAGCUUGUGAUGAUCUUGGUAGGCGGAACUGAAGGAGUAUAGUAAUAUACCAGCCAUUUUCAAAUGUAUUCAAAGUUGAAAAUGACCUGGCAGCAAGUCAUUGCAUUGGCCUGUUACAAAUAUUUCUAUUUCAGUAAUCAGAAUGCAAAUUAGAUACGUUAUCUGUUGCUAGGCUAGACAAGCAUUGGGGCUUGCCCUGCCUUAAAACAUGUAAUGUACUCAAUUUGCAUUCUGCUCCAUUGAAAUACAAUUAAUAAAUGAAUAACAUAAUUUAGUAAAGAGGCAUGAAACGAAAACAUGUAUAUUACAAUACCAAAAUUGCCUAUUGCAACAUUUCUGCAUUGCUUGCAGCAUACUCAUUUGAGUCUAGUUUGCUAUAUAAGUUUAUGAUUUCCAGAAGAGAGACAAGAGAUGUCCAUUUAAAAACGAGUUCAGGGUGGCAUUUAUGUGCAUCGGACCUUGAAAGUGCAAUCAGAGGAUUCAUAAGGGGCUAUAUAAUUAUAUACACAUUGUGGUGGGAUCAUGUAGGCCUAAUGAAGAUUGAAUAACAGAUGUUUGAGCAAGGAGCUAUCUGUGCAUGCAUGUAGAAGCCUCAUAAAUUACAGUCAACCUCCAUUUGCAUUCAUCGCUAACUACAUUCUAGGCCUAUGUAUUGACGCAGUGCAGUGCUAUACUAUACCUAUCAGUAUCACCCUUCACUGACUACAGUGUACUUUACCAUCACAAAGCAUUUUAUGUCAACAAUCAGCAUUUCUAUUUACAUACUUGUAGAUGUACAGAGCAGCUUUAUCUCGCCAUCCAUUAGUAUUUAGACCCAUAAGGGCAUUGAGUAUUUGACUCACAUAGUUUUAUAUAGAAUUAACGCCCUUCUGGCUCUCUAUGUUAUCUUAUCAAGCCUAUCUUUGUGACAUUCUUAUACAAGCUCAAUUUGGGGUAAUUAUGUAAUUAACCAAAACUGCAUACGUGGACAUGCACCUUCUGUUUUUGUGUGAAUGUACAUUGUAGGCUCUUUUGAAGUGUUUCAUAACAAAGUCCAUUCAGCCGAGUCAUCAGCCCAUGUACAGGGUACACACUCUUCAGAUUUGUUACUCUUUACGACACUGUAAGCAGAACACAGGACAAGUAUGGGUGUUGAACCAUCUUAACUCCUUGGUUGUACAAUUAGUUUGGAAGGAGCUGAAUUUCCAAGAGAGAAGAAUACCGGUAACUGUAAAAUGAAGAUUUUAUUCCAACUCAUGUAUUUACAUGUAUUUACAUGUAUUUGGCUAUUGUAUGUUUCACAUUGAUAUUUGUGUGACUCACAAAGAGCCUUGACAAAGUUAACAAUGAGCAGGAAAAUUAUACAAGGAUAGCAAUUAAUUGUCACAAUUGCUAUGUUAGCAUCAGUGUUGCCUUUAGUAGAAAGGACAGGUGAUGUCAACAUGCACCGAUUGUGACAAUAGACCAUUUCUUGUAAUGUUACCAAAUGAAAAUGAAACCAAAGGAAAUAAAAAUUGAAAAUAAUUGCAAUGUUGGAGAAAAAGGGAGAACACUCGAGGAUUGAAUCUCCAAAAUAGUUCACUGCAAAUAAUGAGUGUAAUUGUAAUACUUUCAUUUUAUGGGCUUAAUUUCCCUAAGAUGAUAGAGAAGCUACAGUGUAAGAUACAACAGUCUGCUUUUACUGGUAAUCAGUUGAUGUACUUAAUAAAGUUAUGUUCAUGUGGCUAAGUAUAGAUGUACAUGUACCUCUAUUCAUUUUGUACAUUGAUUGUACUGUUUGUACAUCAUAAAAAAAGAAUUUUUUUUGUUGUUGCUUGUGUUAAUAUAGAUCUUUUGGUCAUUUGCUCUUCAACAAGAGAUUUGAUUGCAGUGAUAUGUAGGCCUAUUAUUUAUUAUACUUUUUUUAAACAGGGCUCUUUUGUUAUCUUCCAGAGUUCCUUUUCUAUGUCCUGUGUGUAUUUAUGUCGCUGUAGGGACUACUUGUUUGAUGUUUAUCACUUAAGCAA